AUGUCAGAUUCUUGUGGCGAUGACCCCUUGCCCAAGCCCCCGAUGGAGUUGGAAGUCAAAUGCCGCAAAGCCCUUGAAAGAUACGCAGCAAUCGCAAAGAUGGAUGGCACGAGAUACUUCCCUUCAGACAUUCACCGACAAUCUGCCAACAUCAGGACGUUCAACACUCAUGUCAGAGAUCGUCGAACACGCGCCGCACUGGCCCCUGAUUUUGACCAGGAUAUUGACAAGCAUAUCGCCACAAUGGCCGAAAGGUCACGCCCCAAAAAAGGGCGUCAAUAUCUCAGACGAAAUACCUUCUUAGAGAUGACCACCUGUAUCAUGACUGCUACAUGGUGGGCCCUCCGUCGGUACUUCGACCUUUCCGACCGCAACUUCCACCCAGAUAUCCUCCACGGGCCCGAAAAUGUCAUAUCCCUCACAAUUGAGUUCGUCAAGGAGUACCGCCAGUUUCGGAUAGCUUUGGAACCAGAAGAAGGCAAUGGAAAUAUCUACACCUGCCGUAUCAUGCAUCCAGAGACCCGGAGCAUGUCUGUAGAUCAUUUUGCUCCCCAAGAUCAGCCCAUCACCUUGACGCAUCAUGACAACAUUACAAUGCCCAGUAGGGACCUUCUUAGAAUACAUCAUACCUUGGGUAAAAUCUUUCAUGCUAAACCACAUUUGAACUGGAACGUGAUGAUUGAAGAAGAAGGUUGUUGAUGGGAUAUAUUCAGCAUGUAUAAUCUUGGUAUCUACGUAACAGCUUCCUUGCGGGAUCUAUAAGGUUUGAUAUUGAUGGAGAUGGAUUGCUAUUCAAGAAGGCGGACGCCGAGAGUAGUGAAAUAUACAUUACGCCUACCCAA